CUUCGUUCUCUUCAAUUAAAAACUCCGAGGAAUAUAUCAACAUCCUCAUAAAGACGCACGAUGGUUCUUCACCUCUCCAUCAAUAAGAAAGUAUGUCAUAUCCCACAUAUCCACCUCUAAACGCCUUUGUAUCAAGUCCCAUUUCUCCGGUUUACGGUUUGGUGAACUCUUCACUUUCUUCGAGAGAUUAAUACUUUCACCGGAUAGCGACUGGUUACAGUUGAUGCUACGGUGUUCAAGAGUGAAGUGCUACAGAAAGAUUGAAGAUGAUUGUGUAUAGUUAUCCAUUUUAUUUGAAGUAUAUCAUCUUUGCAGUUGCGCUGGCCAUUUUUCCUGUUUUUGCUCUGAUUUUCCUCAAAAUUUUCCAAAAGCUGAGUGCUGGCAGGGUGAGAAGCUUGGUUUGUUUGACGGGGAAAACUGCCAUAGUGACAGGAGGAAGCUCAGGGGUUGGCUUCGAAACAGCCCUGUUGCUAGCCUCAAGGGGAUGUAGGGUUAUAAUAGCGGACAGAACCGACUCUUCGAAAGCCAAAUCCAAAAUAAUAUCCUUAACAAACAACACCAACAUUGAAACGAAGCUACUCGAUUUAACGUCAUUACAGUCUGUGAGGAAGUUUGCCAAAGACAUCAACGCCACGGAGGACAGGCUGGACAUUCUGAUUAAUAAUGCGGGGGUGGGAAGUCAGGGGAACAAAUAUACUGAUGACGGUCUACAUGCCACCAUGCAGAUUAAUCAUUUUGGGCCGUUUUUAUUGACGCAUUUGCUGGCAGAUUUGCUAAAGAAAUCCGCCCCAAGCAGAGUGAUAUUCGUAAGCUCAGCUCUCGCCUUCUGCAGCAAUUUAAGCGUGGAGAACCUCAACUACCCCAAGGGUCACCCCUUGAAUCUUUUCCGCACCUCACUGAUAUACGCUAACUCCAAACUUGCCAACGUAAUUGCUGCAAAUGGCUUCGCCCAAAGACUGAAGGGAUUUGGAGUCACAAGCAACUCUCUGCAUCCAGGAAUGGUCAAUACUGACAUCUUCAUGAAGUCCGCCAAGUUCGUUGGUCUGGAAACCGUUGCAAGUCUGGUCCGGAGCGUCAUUCUCUUCUUUUACGGAAAGAGUAUUGAAGAAGGCGCUCAGACCACAAUUCACUUGGCUGUGUCCAAUCAACUGAAAGGGGUUACUGGUAGACAUUUUUGGGACUGCAGGAUGUUUCCAGCUCCACCUGGCGCUUGGAACGAGAAGUUCUGCAACGAUAUCUGGGAGGCUAGCGAGAAGCUGGUGGAACUGAAGGUGGAAGAAAAACUGUAACUGUGUUAGAAAGUAUACGUUAGAAUUAACAUUUCAGUUGAGAAUAUUAUUUAAUUUUUAGUAUUACUUUUGAUUCUGUCGUUAGAGUAAGGCAAAUUCAGAUACUUUUGAAGGCACCUGUACUAUUCUACAUAAAAGAGCAGCAUGCAUGUAUUAAAUUUAUUAGAAAAAAGUUUCAUAAAGUGAGCUA